AUGGUAUGUACAUCGACGGGUCUCCCCCGUCUAUCUUAUUCUGAAAGCAUUCGACAGCCCAUCUUUCAAGAUGAUAACGGCCUUGCGGUCAAGUUCUUCAUACAAAAGGAUCUUCCGCAAGAGGUUCAAGCAGAGCUCUGCGAAACAGUGACUUCUCUUGGUGGAAGGGUCGAGGCGAAGGUGCCUCGACAGGGCUAUAUACUUGUACAACCCGGAACGGCCGAAGAGGAAAGACUACGCUUAUGCUGGACUAGCCCGGACAGGCCUGAGAGAUACUUCGUUCCGUACACAUAUGUCGAGGCAUGUAAGAUCGCUGGCAUGCUCUUGAAGCAAAUUUUUGUGGAGAAUGGGGCGCCUCUUCGAAUGCAUAUCCACCCCAGCAUUGCCAAUGUAAACGCUAGGAGCGCGUUGAGCUCUCGAAUUAUGCACUCCGGGGGCGACCCUCAAGCAUCUGCUCAAUCUGCACGCGUCAUCUUAGCAGACCCAAAUACAGAGGUGUUCCAACACCUCGUUAAAACGUACCAAGGCGUCUCAGACAAGUAUAUUGAAUCGUACCUCUGGGUCAAGAAAUGUAUCGAAAAAGGGAGUGUGGUUUUCACCCCCUUGGUUUACAAGAACCCCGGUGGUCGCAGGCCCGGUGAAGAACGCACUCAAUUUACCGACCAAGACGAAGAACACCUUUGCAACUGGAUUGCGGCCAAGAUACCGUACAAAGAAACAGGUGGCAGGACUGGAAAUCGUUUAUACCAACAAUUGUGCGAUCUAAGCUCGGAUCCCGAAUACGCUUGGGUAACUCGCCAUACCUGGCAAUCAUGGAGGGAAAGAUAUAAGAAGAAUUCUUCUAGGCUCGACGUUGUCAUUGCCCGUAUCGUGGAACAAAAGAAACCUAUUCCCGGUGACAAAGGACAGUAUGGCUACGUUCGUCAACCUGAAGACAAACCUAAGCGUGUGCGACGCAAGAAAGCAAAGACCAACGAGCAUGUAUAUCAAUCUGAGGAAUUUACAAAUGAAGAUGCCACAAAUUCAAUGCCAGGACCUAGCAACCUAUCCAACAUUCGACCUGAAAUCAAUGGUGCACAGCUUCAUCAUGCCAUUACCACUUUACAAGAUUUGGCCGAUGUUGGCAGCGCCUAUUCCGCAAUUCUCCCUGUGCCAUCUUCUGUACCACUUGAUCGCUCCACUAUAAGAAAAAGUCCAGCGGAAGAAGAGGAUGAUGAUCCGGAAUGGGCUAUACGUAUUUCAAACGACUCACCCCCAUCUUGGAGUACCAAAAGAAAGGCACCUGACGAAGGGGAUAAUGAGAAAGAGAAGAGGCUUCGCGUUUCAUUCGUGACUUCCACUCCUACCGCUGACUCGUCACUCAACAGCGAAUCACAAUCACCGCUGCCACCGUCCGCCUUGGUGGCGAUUGCUGAUAUGCAUGUCAUCGAUCAAGGUAUCCGUGAUAUAGCAAGAGAUUUCAGGUUCACAGUGGAAGAAGUUCAAGAAUUUUAUGAUAAAUGCGGUGAAAUGAGCCAAACCCGUAUGCGUUUCCAACGCAUGCGAGAAGAACUUGUAGCCAAAUUUAGCGAUCCCAAAGAUUUCAAAACCUAA